AUGCCCGUCCGUAUCCCCAGAGCUAAGACGAGCGAACUUGCCACCUUUGGCUUCGCUGGUGUCGCCGGCUUCGCUCCAUUCUACAUGAUGCUCCCCGGUGCCGAAGAACGCCUAGCGUCGCAAACCGCUCGAUGGGCCCCCCGCUGGGAACGAAACAUCUCCUACUUCGCCCCUCCCGCCCAGAGAAUUGCCCAACGUGUAGAACCCCGGGUCGAGAAAACCGUCAAGAAAAUCGACAACAGGCUACCCCUGGAGAAGAUGGCCAAGAAUGUCGACCGACGGAUCAAGUCUGGGAUAGAUAAGAUGAGCAAAGAAUGA